AUGGAGGUGGACGCAGAGACCCAUACCCCUCAAGAAAGCCUGGUGAAACCCACCAAAACAUGGAGAGGCUACGUUUGGGACACGUUGGAUCUACCAAGGGAUCAACGUUGGCUUCUAUUUAAGUUGGAUGCGUUUGUGCUUACUUUUGCAUCAAUUGGUUACUUCCUCAAGAAUCUUGAUCUAAACAAUGUGAACAAUGCUUUUCUUAGCGGUAUGGAGGAAGACCUAGAGAUGUACGGCGAUCAAUUGGUCACAAGUACAACUAUCUUCACCGUGGGCUAUGUCAUCGGUCAAAUUCCCUGCAAUCUACUCCUGACCCGAGUUUCACCCAGAUGGGUGAUUCCUUCACUCGAGGUAGGUUGGGGCUUAGCCGUUUUCUGCAUGGCUAGUGUGAAGUCAUACCAGGCUCUUUACGCGCUUCGUUUUCUCGUCGGCCUUUUCGAAUCUGGCUUUUAUCCUGGAAUGCACUACUUGCUUGGGUCGUGGUACACACCACGGGAAAUUGGCAAGCGCGCGAUGAUCUUCGGGCUGGCUGGCACGACUGGCACACUUUUCAGUGGUUUCUUGCAGGCAGCAGCCUACACCAAUCUAAACGGAGUUCAAGGCCGUGCAGGCUGGCGAUGGCUUUUCAUUAUCGACGGGAUCAUCACGCUGCCACUUGCCAUAGCUGGCUAUUUUUUCAUUCCAAAUCUUCCGCAAGGAGGAAAGAGGACUUGGUGGACAACCGAGGAAGAACAUCAGCUUUCCGUCAAGCGAAUGCAGAAUAUUGGUCGAGCUGGCAAAGAGCCCUGGACUAAAGCAAAGGCGAGAAGAAUUUUCUCGAGUUGGCAUACCUAUCUUCUGCCUUUACUCUACGUCGUAUGGAAUAACGGUUGGCCACAGGCCGGCAUGGGAUAUUGGUUAAAAAGCUUUGAUAAGAAGCCUGCUCCUGUCCCGGGCAUUUCCUUCUCAGUUCCACAGAUCAACAACUUGCCGCUCCUCACUACCGGUCUCUUUAUCAUCAUGGCCUUGUCAUGGGCCUGGCUCUCAGAUGGUCUUUGCCGUGGCGCCCGGUGGCCUUUUGUUUAUGUCGGAGCUGUCAUAACGACUGUGAUAUGUGUGCUGUUGAGGCAGAUGCCAUUAUAUAGCAAUAUAGAGGGUCGCAAGAUUCUUUAUUGGCUAAGCAAUAUCGGAUCCGGAGCCGGACCUCUGAUUCUUAGUUGGAUUAAUGAGAUAUGCUCGGACGACACGGAGAAGCGAGCCCUGCUUGUAGGAAUGGCUAACGACCUUGCAUAUGUGGUUCAAGCAGUGGCUCCAAACUUUGUAUGGAAAACCACGGAUUUCCCUGCCGCAAAGAAAGGCUAUCUCUGGGUAUUUGUUAUGCAAGGAUUAUCGAUUGUUGUGACUGCUGCAAUUCAGAUCGGUCUGCGCUGGGAUAAACAGCAAAAGAUCAGGGCAGAAACCAGUAGCUCAGCGUCAACAUCAACACCGUUGGAGCAGGAAAGUGUUCAGGAGAAGAAAGCCGCAGUCACGGCGAUUACACCAAUCACUGUGGAGUAA